AAAAAGCAUUUAAUCAAGACGCGACACAAAAGUCAUUUGGCGCCAAAUCAGAAAAACAGCCGACAACCGAACCGUGCCUGCACUGCAGUACCAGCCAAACAAAGGCAGCACCUGUUUCUCCGGCUGAGUGACGCCGUAGCUAGCUAGCAACGAUUGCUGGUUCAUUGGCAUUGGACCGUCUCUUUACUUGAAUAGCUAGCUUGCUAAACAAGUUGGCAUAUUGCUUGCUUUGGUGUAUUGGUCGGCCCCGCGUGACAUGCCCGUGUUUGUAGAAGACCCCGCUCAGUUCUCCAAGCCGAGACUGAAGUCGGAGUUAAUAGCCCACAACGUCACCCUGCCUGCGGUGGAGAGCAAGAAGCAAGUUUAUGUGGAACUAUAUUUGAAACAUAUCGUUCAGAAAAGUGCUGCAGAUUUCUCUAGUGAUGAGGAAGAUGACGAUGUUGUGGAAGUACAGGACAGUCAGGACUUUGAAGAGGAGGAGAAAGAUCCAGAGAUGUUAGACCCCAGUGUACUGACAGAUGACAAGCUCAAGACCACACUGCUCAAAUAUGGAGUGGAAGCUGGACCCAUUGUCGCCACCACUAGGUCUAUAUAUGAGAGGAAGUUGCAGAGGCUACUAAAACCUGCCCAGCCCAGGCAGAACGGUGGCACAGGGGAUGCAGACCAGUACUCAGACAGUGAAGGGGAGGAAGAGACGGGUUCACAACAAGGAAGCCCAGAGACGGUGUCAUUAAUGGAGGAAAACCUGCACGUUGACAUGUGGUUUGAGAGUCGGAUCCCUCUCUCCAGUAGUGGACCAGAAAUCAAGAGAGGGAACAACAGGAGUAGUAAUCAAGGACCUUGCCCCAGGCCCUACUGGCAGGAAGCGGCGACAGUGGACAAGUAUACGAUGACAAACAGAUCCCUAUUCAUCACCCCUAAGACAUCCCUUUUCAAACGGCAAAUCAAGGAGCCAGUCACAGAUGUUCUGAUGGAGAUGUUCCCAGAGACAGAACCCACACCAACUGGCAUUGCUGCCACACGUCGGAGGCCUAUCAAGGGUGCAGCGGGGCGACCGGUCCAGUUUAAAUACCCAGACCUCCCUGCUAGUCCCAUGACCCUACAGCGAUGGGCAGUGGAGCCUCGCCUGGUUCCUCUGUGGGUCCAGAUCCUGGUCUUCUUCAUCGUGGCCUGCCUCCUCUACCUCAUCUAUGCUUCCAUGGAAGAUGGCUUGGCCAAUCCCUUUGUGGCUUUGCUGGACAACCUCAGCAUGGAGACGGAGACUGAGGGGCUGUCCCUCCAGGCUGAACCCUAGGAUAUUCCCCUGCUCCUCCUCAAUACUCCACACAUUGGUUUACAGUUGUUGUGCGGAACAUAAUUUUGUUACCAUCAUUCAAAGCCUUUAAAAAAAAAUCUAUAUAUGGCUCUGGUGUCAUUCUCCUUUGGACAAUCCUGUUGGUUUGAAAGUGUUAUGGCGAAACAUACUGUGCUGUUCAAAUGCAUACAGGAUCAGUGCAAGUGCAGAAAACAAGUGACUAGGCCUACAUUUUUAAAAAUAAUAAAAACAUGUAUGAAAUUUGUAACUUAAUGGAGUUUUUGUAUUUAAUAAAAGUAUGUUUCAAUGACAAAUUCAUGGAGUUACAGUAUAAGUUACACUGUUGGUUUUGUUCGUGGCCUUGUUAUGAAAAACAAGUCAAGCAUGAUGUGGAGCUCACCAAAGAUGUGGUCAAGACAAAAUGCCAGGGAUUUCAGUGUAAUAUGAAACAUGCUAGUUUUUUGUUGAUUUUUCAAGAGCUGCUUAUUGUGUAGUUGUCUGAGUUAAUUUGAAUAAAGAGCAUUUGACAUGUUC